AAAAAAAUACCAAAAAAGAUGUAUGUUGCGUUGUGUAUGAAAGUAAUAUAACUCGGGGGAGAUUAAAGCAGAUUUAAAUGUAAUCAGCACAAUGAACUCCUUGAACCGUAUACUCAGUAGGUGCCAAAUUAAUUUCGCUCUAAGCCAGCAUAAAUUUACAAAUGUGUAUAGGAUCAAAGCGGUGGCUUGCUUGCAAGGAAACGAGCACGCAAGAUGCAACAAUUAUUAUGCAUCCUGGUUUUGCACGACGUCCAACAAGAAGGACAUUUUACUGAACAGGAGGAAAGAACUGAAGACUUACAUCGAGCACAACAAGGAGAGGUUACGAGAUACCGAGCAGAGGAUCAAAGAGAGGGGUAGAGUUGUCUUGGCCGAUAUUAAAGAAACUAAAGAUAAAGUCAAGGGGAGAGUUGAGCAGGUCAUAGAGAAAGAAAAUAUCUACACGAUACCGAACUUUUUAUGCAUAUCAAGGAUUUUACUCUCACCUUAUUUGGGCAUGCUCAUCGUACAAGCGGAUUUUAACUUUGCCCUCGGUAUUUUAGGUAUUGCUGCUGUUACGGAUUUGCUUGAUGGGUGGAUUGCAAGGACUUGGGAAAGCCAGUCAACAAAAGUUGGGAGUUUUCUGGACCCGAUGGCUGAUAAGGUGUUGAUAGCCACAUUGUUCUUAACAUUGACCUAUGCCAAUCUCAUUCCAAUUGCUUUGACUAGCAUUAUUGUUGGGAGAGAUGUGAUUCUGGUCACUGCUGGAUUUGUUAUAAGAUACAAAUCAUUACCUCCACCACGGAAUCUGAGCCGGUAUUUCGAUGCUACUCUGGCGACAGCCCAAUUAGCUCCAACAUUCAUUAGUAAAGUUAAUACGGCCGUCCAAUUGUUGCUCGUCGGUUCGACUUUGGCAGCUCCAGUCUUCCAGUACGUAGGUCAUCCAGCUUUGGAGUACCUCUGGUACGUUACCGGGGCUACGACUGUAGCGGCAGGAAUGAGUUACGUACUCUCCAAGAAUACCUACAAAUUCUUAAAGCACAAGAACACAAAGUAGAGGAGAUCGACAAAACCAUAGCUUAAUUUUAGCUUACUUGAACAAUUUAUCAGGAUUAAACUAUAAGGCUAAUUGAUUUUAUGAAAAAAAAA